CCGACUUCGGAAUUUUGGUUCAAUCGAUGACGUAAGGCUGUCUUUUGGGCGAUGGAAAUUAUGAUUUAAAGUCCAUUUGCCUUUUCGCAAUCCUUGAAGGAAAGCAUUGGAAAGAAUUGCCACAGUUUUACUUGUUUCUGCAAAAUGGCAGCUAAAUCUCUGCGUUUUGACGGCCAAGUUGUGCUCGUAACUGGUGCAGGAGGCGGUCUAGGUAGGGAAUACGCUCUGGCCUUCGCUGCGCGGGGUGCUUCGGUGGUAGUCAACGAUUUAGGUGGAAGUGCAAGGGGGGAAGGUCGGAGCUCCUCUUUGGCCGACAAAGUCGUCGCAGAGAUCCGCGCAUCGGGAGGAAAAGCGAUCGCAAAUUACGAGUCUGUUGAAAACGGGCAAGAGCUGGUUGACCAGGUUAUAAAAGCGUUUGGCCGAAUUGAUAUUUUGAUCAAUAAUGCUGGCAUUUUAAGAGAUCGUUCCUUUGGUAAUAUGAGUACCAUGGACUGGGAUUUAGUCCACAGGGUACAUCUCCGAGGCGCGUUCCUGGUCACCAAGGCAGCAUGGCCUCACAUGAAGAAACAAAAGUACGGGCGGAUCAUUAUGACCUCGUCGACAACCGGCGUCUUCGGGAAUUACGGACAGGCUAAUUAUGCGGCUGCUAAACUCGGAUUGUACAGCUUGGCCCGAACCCUUGCUAUUGAAGGCGAGCGUUACAACAUCAAGUGCAACACCAUUGUCCCUGUUGCAGAUUCCCGGUUGACCAAAGGGAUUUUGCCGGAAGAAGUUUUGAAAAUGGUAGCGCCCAGAUUGGUUGCACCUUUCUUGGUGUACCUGUGCCACAAGACCUGUGACGAAAACGGUCAGUUGUUUUUCAUCGCCGGCGGUGCGGCAGCCGUGAUUCGCUGGCAGCAAUCCAAGGGAGUUAACCUCCUGUCUGACGGACAAGAUCUUACCGCAGAACUGGUACGAGAUAACUGGGCUCGAAUCAAAGACUGGACUGACGCAACUAAUCCAGCCACUGGUAAUGAUGGAACAAUGAAGCUGCUAAUGGGACAAGACACCUCUGCCGAGAGUGGAACACCUGCCCGCCUGAAGGAUGAGUUCUCUUACACCUUCAAAGAGGUUAUUCAAUUUGCCUUGGGAAUUGGUGUGACUGUUAAAGAAGAUGGCUCUCAUUUGAAGUUCUUGUAUGAGGGUCAUGAAGAUUUCAGUGUUCUGCCAACAUUUGCAGUGAUUCCUGCUCAGGCAAGUUUUAUGACAAGUUCUUUUUUGAGCAAAGAAAAAAUUGGUUUUGAAAUAAACCCAGCCAAGGCACUUCAUGGGGAACAUUACUUGGAAUUGUAUCGGCCAUUACAAGCAAAUGCAACACUAAAAAGCAGCACUGUAAUUGCAGAUGUUUUGGACAAGAAGUCAGGGGCUCUUAUCGUUGUCAAUAUUACCACUUCUGAUGAAAAAGGUCCUGUUUGCUUUAAUCAGUUUGCAAUAUUUGCUAUUGGAAGUGGUGGAUUUGGUGGCAAGACUCGUUCGAAUGAGUUGAGGCCAUUGGUAGCCACACCCACCAGGGCUCCUGAUGUGGUUGAAAUCGAGAAAACUGGCAACAGCCAGGCAGCUCUGUAUCGUCUUGCAUGUGACCUAAAUCCUUUGCACAUUGACCCAAGUUUUGCUGCUAUGGGAGGUUUCAAAACUCCAAUCCUUCACGGCUUGUGUUCCAUGGGUUACGCUACCAGGCACGUCCUGAAGCACUUUUGCGACAACGACGUUCGCAGGUUUAAAGCAAUCAAAGCUCGAUUCUCGAAACCAGUUAUUCCAGGUCAAAGCAUUCGUACGGAGAUGUGGAAUGAUGGAAACAGAGUGCUUAUACAGUGCAAGGUGGUUGAAACGGGGGAGAUUUUGUUGACUGGUGCUUAUAUCGAGUUGCAUGGCUCGGUGGCACCGCCAAGCAAGGUAAAAACUGCUCAGGUUUCAAAGAGGAUGAUCCCAAACCCAAGUGGAAACACGAGCCUUAAAGCUCACGCCAUCUUCAAAGACCUCGCCGCCCGUCUUGCGUCAUCGCCCAAACUCGCGCAAAGAAUCAAAGCCACGUACCUUUGGAACAUUACCAAAGAUGGUAAAACCGCUGGCCAGUGGUUUGUGGACCUCAAAACUGGGAGUGGAACAAUCACCGCGGGCGCACCCGCUGGGAGACCAGAUUGCACCAUAACUGUUGCAGACGACGAUUUUGCCAAGAUUGUGGCGGGAAAGGCCAACGCGCAACAGUUGUUUAUGACCGGGAAACUGAAAGUUGGCGGGAAUAUUUUGCUGACGCAAAAAUUGGGCGACCUGUUGAAGUCACAAGCGAAACUUUGAGGAGAUGAAAUGAACGAACCUUUGAUCCCAAAUGAACGAUAUACUCCAAUGAUUUUAGAAACAGAUAAAUGCAUAUUUCUUUCUAUUUCUUUCUGGAUCAUUCAAGAGAAAAUUACCCAACACAAAUAAUACAAUGUAGCUGACGUAACAAGAAUUAUUAAAAAAUGAGACACAGCAUUUAUGAUAGUAAAAAGUGCUUUGGUGAAAGUAGUUUGCCUUUAAAAUUGAUAUUUGUGAUUGAGUUUUUAAGCAUUACUAACAUUACUACCCACUCUGGAUUUGGUUUACUAACUUGCCAGUGAGGUGCAGAGGGAAAGUAUAUCUUUAAGUCUAUUCUAGACAUGCAGUUGAGAUAAAUCCAGCUUCUUCAUUUA